UCUGCGUCUCUCUCCUUCCCAAAUGCGGACAUACACAUCUAUGCACACGUACAAAAAACUGACUAUCUGCGCUUUUCUUCUCCUGGAUUGACGUUGGAAAAGCGGGAUAUGUGCGGUCGCAAUUAUGCGCGACUUUUUCCUCCCUUCGGAAAUACGAUAAAAUAGCUAAAAUCGGCUUCUGCGUAUUGUAGGGGACGCGCAGCUGUCUUUCCUUAUGAAGAAGGCAAAAAUUUGGAUAGUCACUUUUGUGCAUUUAUUGUUCUCCAGUUCAUGUUUUGCUCCAUCCAGUGAAAUCAGACAUAUCAUUACAGAUGAUGACAAAAUAAUCUCUCUGUUGAAGCAGAAUAUUCCCAGAGAUUACAGGAUGGCUGUCUGUUUCAUCCCCAAGGAAUUGAGCCACAUGUGUUGGGUGCAGCUCAAUGUGUAUCACUUGGAGGGAAGUUUAAAAGUUCUGCAGGACAAGUUUGGGGACAUUUCGUCCAACAGGGACAAUCUCAGCAUUGUUAUCCGAAGGCUACAAGAUAUGCGGGUUAAAAUUGAAUACCUGGAGACAAUGAUGCAGGACUUCGCCUGCCAUUACAGAGAAGAAUCCUGGGUAGCAGAGCAUUAUUUCGACUUUGUUCAUGACUUAUUAAACUCUAACACUUAUGAAAUUAAAUCUGAAGACUGUGAAUCCCCCCCCUGUCCCCCGCCAACCCCUCCCACCACUCCAACAGGAUCUCCUGACCAGGCUCCAAAUAAGAUCAGCUGUAAUGUGUCAACAACAGACUGCGAUAAGCAAGCACAGGCUCAGCAUAUAUCAGAAGUGGUUGGGAAAAGUCUCCUAAUCUUACUACUAAUUCCUACAGCUGCUCUCAUAUUUUUCAUUUAUUGGAAGCAGAUCAAACGCAGAAAAGAGGAGCCUCCAAAGAGGCCUGCUAAGCAUGAGAAGCUGUGUGACACCAUCCUACACGCAGCUACGCCACCUGUAGACCAAGGAUGCUAGACUGCAAUACAAAAGUCUUAAGAACAACAUCAAACUUAUUCAGCUCUUUUUAUAAUAGGUGGCUGCAGUAAAAAUCGUAUCUCUGCCAUAAAGGACUCACUUUGCCGCCUUACGCAAGAGGGCACAUUCAAGGCAGCGCAUCUACAUCUGACCUCAGGACAGAUACUGACACUAAAAAGGAGCUGUUUGUCGACACGGAAACCCCAGAAAGCCGGAGAGAGGCCUCUUCUACCUUUAACUCCAGCAAGGAAAGGCCAGCAUGUGCUAAGAAGAUCUGGGACAGAUUUUUAAAAGGGAACAAUUAAUGAACUCACAUCAAAAGUCAGGAUGUAAUUGUGAUGUCACAAUGGAGAGAUGCUAUGCUGGUGGCUGUCACCAUUGUCAGCCGUCGGUGUUUCGGUGCAUGCUGGCUGAAUGCGUAGGGAGUUUUUCAUUGAACACAGUGGUCCAAAAUGUUCCUUUCUGUUGCUAUCUGAAAUAUAUCAUUUAUUCCUCUGAGCCCCCAACAAUCAGAGCAGACCAUAUAGAAUGUUCUCAGCUGUCGCAAAAUAAUGUACUUCUUGAUAAAUCUUUCUAUUAUAGUUAUUAUAGAAGGUUUCUCGUGUAAUUUCGUAUUAUAGAUACCUUUAUAAUGCAUUAUAAAGAAUUAUAAACACAACUAUAACUGAUUAUGAAAAGGCAUAACGUUAUAGACAUAUUUCUCAUGCAUUAUUAAUGCUCUAUGAAGCUGUCACCUAUAAUGCACUAUAGAUGCAUAAGCCAUUAUAAUGGAUUAUGAAGGUAUCUACACUGCAUUAUACAUGAGUGCUUUAAGUACUGUAAAUUUCUUUCUGACCACAGUCUGGAGGGGCUUUCUGUGGUAUAUGAGCACAGGCUUCCACUGCACUGGGGGUUUCUUUUCAUACAUACAGUGUGGUUUGUUCAGAAUGAAAUGUUGUUGAAAAUUGUCCCUCAGAUGAUGUCUCUGCUCAGCGCUGACCAAUAGCACAGAUUUUAUAUUUAUUUAGAUUAAAGAUAUGUGUAUGACAGUAAAGUGCAGUAUUACGCUAAUAUGACUUACAUUACACCAGCUUUUCGCACAUAUUAGCACUACAGCAAACAGUGACACAGCAAGCAGUGCUUUGUAAGUCUGCACUGCACACAUCAGCAUCUCCCAGCCUUAAUGGCUGAAAAGGACCUGUACUCAAAAGAUACACGGAAGCUUCCAGAAUUGCAGCGUUACAUUAUUUUCAGAGCAUGACCAGCUUGCCUCUUUCUACGCUUCCCACCAGCAACGUUUGAGUGCACUGCAGGACUAUUUUAAAGGAGAUACAGGCAUAUUAAACACCGCAAAGCCUACAUGCCGAGCUGGCCUGGACCAAGCAGGGCGAUGUCCUCAUGGCAAUGUCAUGGGCAGAGCUAAUGCCAGCCUGGAGCGAGCAGGGCGAUGUCCUCAUGGCAAUGCCAUGGGCAGAGCUAAUGCCAGCCUGGAGCGAGCAGGGCGAUGUCCUCAUGGCGAUGCCGUCGGCAGAGCUAAUGCCAGCCUGGAGCGAGCAGGGCGAUGUCCUCAUGGCAAUGCCAUGGGCAGAGCUAAUGCCAGCCUGGAGCGAGCAGGGCGAUGUCCUCAUGGCAAUGCCGUCGGCAGAGCUAAUGCCAGCCUGGAGCGAGCAGGGCGAUGUCCUCAUCGUGAUGCUGUCGGCUUUUUCAGAGAACACACUGCUUUUGUGCCUUUGGAGAUCCACAGCAGCCAUUCACACUGUCACGGUUAAAGGCUUCAGAUUUCAACUGCGCUUCCUUCAGCGUAAGGCACGCCGCGGCUCUGUCAGGGGUGCCCCACUGCUCAUCACUGGAGCAGAAAGGGCAAGAAUUGCAGAUUGUAGUACGCUGUAGAAAGUAGCAUCUGCAGUCUGGACACAAGUGUGGCUUUCAGCUGAGGAUCUGACUUUACUUGUCAUGUGACUGGGCACCGCACCCCUGGCCUUCCUCAUUUACAGGGCCGGCUGUGGCCUCUCUGAUGUACUCACCACAAUGGCGUGAAUGGCUUUGUUGUGCGAGGGGCCAUUCUUUGAAUUGGCUGGAUAUGGGUGUGACCGGAGUGGCAGAGCGUCUCUCUAGUCAGAAGCAGAGAGCGGCGUCCUGCUCAUGAUGAAUGUGUGUGAUCGUCUCCAUGAUCCUCAAGUCCAUCUUUGGACUUUGUCACUAAGGCAUGUUUAUCAACCCCGAAGGGACAGAUAACAUCUCACACAGUCACCACUAAAGUAAAUAUCUGUCGUUCUAAGUCAGUGCCACUUGAUAAGUGCUUAUUUGCUCGUUGAGUGUGUGUGUGUGUGUUCAUUGAUUUGUCUUUUUUUUUUUAUAAAUUUACCUAAGCUGCUGGAAAUUCCACUCUUUUGCUAAUAUGGCCCUGAAGUUUUUCACUGAUGAUAUUUAUGCAAAUACAUGGAAAAGGAAGCUAUGGAUAAAUAUACUGAAUACCUAAACAAACUUAUCAAGAGUAUAAGGUACAGAUGUACAGUUUUCUUUUAAAUAGGAAAGAAACUAAAACACUAUAAUUGUGGUCUAGCAAAUAUGUCAAUCUGGUAAAAAAAACAGCAAGAGUCAUUUUGCAAAUCGCCAAAAAUGUCAAAAAUACUCAUUUUUCUGGUUUAAUGAGAUGUGUACUGUCAUGUGAGACGUAUGUUCAGCACAUUGUUUUAGCGUGUAAGGUGUGUGCUGUAAUCUGAGACGUGUGAUCAGCACAUUGUUUUAGCGUGUAAGGUGUGUGCUGUAACGUGAGACGUGUGAUCAGCACAUUGCUUUAGUGUGUAAGGUGUGUGCUGGAACGUGAGACAUGUGAUCAGCACAUUGUUUUAGCGUGUAAGGUGUGUGCUGUAACGUGAGACGCGUGAUCAGCACAUUGCUUUAGCAUGUAAGGUGUGUGCUGUAACGUGAGAUGUGUGAUCAGCACAUUGUUUUAGCGUGUAAGGUGUGUGCUGUAACGUGAGAUGCGUGAUCAGCACAUUACUUUAGCAUGUAAGGUGUGUACUGUAACGUGAGAUGUGUGAUCAGCACAUUGCUUUGGCGUGUAAGGUGUGUGCUGUAACGUGAGACGUGUGAUCAGCACAUUGCUUUAGCGUGUAAGGUGUGUGCUGUAACGUGAGACGCGUGAUCAGCACAUUGCUUUAGCGUGUAAGGUGUGUGCUGUAACGUGAGACGUGUGAUCAGCACAUUGUUUUAGCGUGUAAGGUGUGUGCUGCAACGUGAGACGCGUGAUCAGCACAUUGCUUUAGCGUGUAAGGUGUGUGCUGCAACGUGAGACGCGUGAUCAGCACAUUGCUUUAGCGUGUAAGGUGUGUGCUGUAACGUGAGACGCGUGAUCAGCACAUUGCUUUAGCAUGUGAGGUGUGUGCUGCAACGUGAGACGCGUGAUCAGCACAUUGCUUUAGCGUGUAAGGUGUGUGCUGCAACGUGAGACGUGUGAUCAGCACAUUGCUUUGGCAUGUAAGGUGUGUGCUGUAACGUGAAACGUGACCUCCCUCCACAAAAGCAUGUUGGUCUGUGUGGGCUUUGCACUGUCAAGAUGAAUGAAGAGAAGGAGCAGCCUGGGAAGCAGAGAAAAGACAGUCAGAGAGAAAAGAAUAAAGCAGAGAGUAAGACAGAGCAGUAAAGCAGAGAAUAUUGCACAUAGUAAAGUGGAAAGUAAGGCAGCUGUGUACACUGUGUGUGUAUAUAUACACUGUACGUGCACACACACACAGACACACACAUAGACAUUCCAUUGAGUGUCAUCCGAUCGUAUUUAUGUCCAGGGUCAUAAGCCAUUCAUAGAUAGACUGGGUUCCAUAAAACCCUUAAUAAAAUCUCACUGCUGGAUCGAGAGACAACCAAAGGAGACGCAGUGAAUAUUAGCAUUUACCACGUGUGCAGCUACAGAAACCCAAACAAUCCAACUGCACUGCCACUAUACAGGCGUAAUUAAAUAUGUGUGAUAUUGCUUCUUAUAUUCUACUGUAUAUUUGACCUCUCCCCUAUAAUGACUGAGAUACAUCCAGAUUGACUUAUGUUUUUACUUUUGGAACAUAACUCAGACAUGUUGAUGGAUACUUGUAUAUAAAAUUGCAAACAGAUGUACAAAAACAUGAAUAAAGCAUGUUUAUCCAA